AAAACGUUGCCGUUAUUACACCAGGCCGGGUGACGUGUUUAAUCACGUGACACAACGCGGAAGUAGAUUAAUAUUGUUAUAGUCCGGAGGUGAUAUUGUUCAGAGCUCUGUUGUGACUAACUUGCACAGCCAACUAGUUCAACUGGAGUGGUGGAAACAAUUGCAUCUUUUAGCGCGGAGAGUGUAUCCAAGAGUUGCCAAAAUACUCAAUGCACCUGCCGCCGAGAGAAAUAAGGAACCCAUCCUUGCGGUGCUCCGUGAGAGUGUGGAUACGGCGAAACCGUUGAAUGCACUGGAGAUAUCGUCUGGUACGGGGCAACAUGUCACCCACUUCGCACAGGGUUUACGAAAUAUUACCUGGCAGCCGUCAGAAUUUGACCGACAAUCUUUAGCCAGUAUAGACGCAUACAGAGCGCAUCACAACUUGCCGAACGUGAAACCUGCCAUCCACCUCGACGCCUCUCUACCCUGUGAAAACUGGGGUGGGAUCCAGCCCGAGUCCUUGGACCUGGUACUCAACAUCAACAUGAUCCAUAUCUCCCCUAUGGCCUGCACUGAGGGUUUGUUCAAAGGAGCGGGAACCAUCCUGAAACCACAAGGAGUACUGCUGACAUACGGGCCCUAUGCGUUAAAUGGGCAGAUCACUCCACAAAGCAACAUCGACUUUGACCUCAGUCUAAGGUCGAGAAAUCCAGAGUGGGGCCUAAGGGACGUCACCCUGCUCAGGUCUGUGGCAGAGAGGAGUGGCUUGUUCCUGGAGAAAAUGGUUGACAUGCCAGCUAACAACAAGUGCCUUCUGUUCCGGAAGGAGAGUCUGGUGUGAAGUCUACUGCCCUCUCUUGGGUUCCAUUCCAACAUCACAAAUGCACCAUCGCGCUCCUGUCUGUACAGGGUAUAACAUGACCAGUAAUGGAUAUUUAACACUUGGUUGAAAAUGAACCUGAACUGAUACCUUAUUUGAAUCAAUGCCAAAUUCAAUAAUUCCCUCAGUUUUCAACUCCUAUCUACACAAGUAAUUUCCUCAUAGGUGAUCUGUUUGGUAACUUCAAAAUGUAUGGCGCUCGCUUUUAUUGAUUAAAAUGAAUAGGAUUGUUGUAGGAAGGUUCUUUUGCAUGACACCCACAUCAGAAAAGUGCAGAAAAAAGUCUAACAUUUUUUUUCAAUCAACUUGGAGUAUUAAUUUACCUUUAAGAAGUAUGCAUUGACGUUAUGGGAUUUCAAAAAAGGAGAAACAUUACACCACUUCAGCAUAGAAUUAUCACUAGACAUUACAGUGAAUACAAAUCUUACACAUGAAACAUUACAUUUGAAUAAACCUAUUUGAAUAAUGGUA